ACUCUCGAAGUUAGUAAGUGUCGAAGUGCUAUCAUCAUGGCGAAUUGAGGCAAGUUCGUGUUCGUUCCCGUUUUACGCCGUGGCCUCUUUGUUCUUCGUCCUAAGUAAAAGUUUUUUCAUCGAUCACAAUUGUGCACCCUAUGUGAUUUCACUUUGAAGUGAUCUCUUUCCCUGUGUUUUUGAGUCUCUCAAGAUGAGUGUUGACGCGUACGGACCUAGUUCGCAAACCCUAACGUUUUUAGAAACCGAAGAUGCCGACUUGAUCGGAGCCGAUACUCAGGGCUCCGAAUUCGAUUUCACGGACUUUACUCUUCCUUCCCAAAGCCAAACUCAAGCCUCACAGCUUGAUUCAGCUCCCAACCAGAAAACUCAGAUCAAUGGUAAAAUUAGCAGCGAGACUAUCACAUCAGUCAACGGUGUCGCAACCAAGCUCCGAGAACUGCAAUUUGAAGAAGAGGAGGAUGAUGCCUUUUACAACAAGGAGCUCCCUCCUUAUGCAUGUAAAUAUUGCGCCAUUCAUGACCCAAGCUGUGUCGUUAUGUGCAACAUUUGCAAGAAAUGGUUCUGUAAUGGACGUGGGAACACAUCAGGCUCUCACAUUAUCAACCAUCUUGUCCGAGCAAAGCAUAAGGAAGUAACUUUGCACAAAGAUGGACCCCUGGGUGAAACAAUCCUAGAAUGCUACGCUUGCGGAGUGCGUAACGUUUUUGUUCUUGGUUUUAUUCCUGCCAAAGCCGAUUCUGUGGUAGUGCUCCUCUGCCGGCAGCCAUGUGCAUCUCAGAAUUCUUUGAAGGACAUGAACUGGGAUCAAGAACAAUGGAAGCCCCUGAUUGCAGACCGUUGCUUUUUGUCAUGGUUGGUGAAAAUUCCAACAGACCAAGAGCAGUUAAGGGCUCGUCAAGUCUCGGCAACACAGAUCGCCAAGUUGGAAGAACUUUGGAAGGAUAAUGUCGAUGCAACGCUCACUGAUCUGGAGAAACCAGGAAUUGAUGAAGAACCACAACAAGUUUUGCUGAGGUAUGAAGAUGGAUACCAGUAUCAGAAUAUCUUUGGCCCCCUGGUAAAACUGGAAGCUGAUUAUGACAAGCGUUUAAAGGAGUCCCAAACUCAAGAAGGCGUUGAAGUGCGCUGGGAUGUUGGUCUGAACAAAAAGAUCAUCGCAUACUUGAAUCUUGCUAAAACUGAUGGAGAUAUGCGUUUGAUGCAUGGUGAUGAAUUGAGACUGCGAUAUCUUGGCGAACAACAUAAAUCUUGGUCAGGUAUCGGUCAUGUCAUCAAAAUCCCUGACAAUUUCGGAGAGGAGGUUGGUAUUGAACUAAAGUCGUCCAGUGGUGCUCCGACAGAAUGCACGUCUAAUUUUGUUGUCGAUUUCAUAUGGAAAUCCACUUCCUUUGACAGGAUGCAAUUGGCAUUGCGGAAAUUUGCGGUUGAUGAGAAUUCCGUGUCACCUUACAUCUAUCACCGAUUACUCGGCCAUGAUGUGGAUGAGGUCUUAUUCAGGUGCCAUCUUCCAAAACAUUUUUCUGCUCCCAACUUGCCUGACCUCAAUAGAUCACAAGUGUAUGCGGUGAAACACGCAUUGCAAAGACCCCUAUCACUGAUUCAAGGACCCCCAGGAACAGGAAAAACUGUAACAUCAGCAACGAUAGUCUACCAGCUGGUCAAACAAAGUGGUGGAGCUGUCUUGGUCUGCGCCCCCUCCAAUAUUGCCGUUGAUCAGCUCACGGAAAAAAUUCAUCGCACUGGCCUGAAGGUCGUGAGAGUGUGUGCUAAAUCGCGAGAAGCUAUCGACUCACCUGUAUCGUUCUUGGCCCUACACAAUCAGAUUCGCAAUAUGGAUGUUAACUCUGAAUUGCAAAAACUCCAACAACUGAAAGAUGAAACUGGAGAGCUUUCGUCAGCGGACGAAAAACGUUACCGCAUGCUCAAGAAGGCUGAAGAGAAAGAGCUAUUGGACGCAGCAGAUGUUGUCUGUUGUACCUGUGUCGGUGCUGGUGACCCUCGUCUCGCACGUCUCAAGUUCCACUCAAUUCUCAUUGAUGAGUCGAUGCAAGCCACAGAACCCGAGUGCAUGGUGCCUGUCGUCCUCGGGGCCAAGCAACUCAUCUUAGUCGGAGAUCACUGCCAACUGGGACCUGUCGUCAUGUGCAAAAAGGCGUCCAGGGCUGGACUCUCGCAGUCACUGUUUGAACGGCUUGUUGUUUUAGGUAUUCGUCCAUUCCGGCUGGAAGUACAGUACCGUAUGCAUCCAGAACUUUCUCGCUUCCCAUCCAACUUCUUCUACGAAGGUUCACUUCAAAAUGGUGUUUGUGCUGAUGAGCGUAAACUUCCGAAAAUCGAGUUCCCUUGGCCAGUCCCCGACAAACCCAUGUUGUUCUAUGUCACACAGGGCCAAGAAGAAAUCGCCGGGUCCGGAACAUCAUAUUUGAACAGAACAGAAGCUGUGAACGUGGAAAAAAUGACAACUAGAUUUUUGAAGUGUGGAGUGAAGCCAGAACAGAUAGGUGUCAUCACACCCUACGAAGGCCAGCGUGCAUUUUUGGUACAGCACAUGCAGUAUCAAGGGGCUCUCCACUCGAAGUUGUAUCAAGAAAUCGAGGUUGCAUCCGUGGAUGCGUUCCAAGGGCGAGAGAAGGAUUUGAUUAUCAUGUCUUGUGUACGUUCAAACGAACAUCAAGGUAUCGGUUUUUUGAACGAUCCAAGGCGUUUGAAUGUAGCUUUAACGCGAGCUAAGUAUGGAAUUAUAAUUGUCGGCAAUCCAAAGGUUUUGUCAAAGCAGCCCUUGUGGAACCACUUGCUAAACUUUUACAAGGAACAGAAGGUCCUCGUUGAAGGUCCUCUGAACAAUUUGAAAGAGUCCUUGAUCCAGUUCUCAAAACCAAAGCAACUGGUCAACACAGUGAAUCCUGGCAGCCACUUCAUGUCGACCACUGUUUACGAUGCUCGUGAAGCGUUGAUACCAGGUAGCGUCUACGACCGCAGCGGAAAUCACCCAGGACAAAUGUUCCCCCGGCCAACCCUUGAUAUGUUUGCCCGCACGCAUGAUCCCAUCGGAUAUAUUUCCCCGGAAAGAGCACAAGCAGCCAUGACCAAUGUCCCCGUUCCAGUAGGCUUGCUCAUGAAUAUGGCCCAUAUUCCACCACGAUUCUAUAAUCAACAGCAACAGGCAAUGCAAACACGAGACUCAUCCAGGAUGAAUGGUAACUUGUCUCAAGGUCGAAUGAAUCCUGUGGCUGGAAACCGGGCCCGCAAACCGCGCAAUAAGCUUCAGUCAAACAUGGUGAGCCAGAAUUCCCAGGAUCUUCCUCAGCCUUAUUCACAGGGUAUGUCGCAAGGAAUGUCGCAGCCAGGCUUCAGUCUAUCUCAACCAGGAUUAUCCCUGUCCCAACCAGAAUUAUCUCAGGACAGCUACAUGGUUGGAGAGUUCCAGUCCCAGAUGGAUGGUCUCUUAUCACAAGAUUCAACUUAUCAGGGUGAUCGCUCAGCUUUCUUCAAUCCACCACAUCCACAUUUCUCACAGCAACCAUACUGAGAAGCCAAGGCGAAUGAAACUUCUAUUAUGACCGCGGGAGCGUUAUAAUGGUGCCAUUCACCAAGGCAUGUUGGUCUUACGUUGAAGAAACUGGCUAUCUGCCACAACUCGGGAUUCACGGAGAUUUAAGUCUAGAAAAACUCGAUCAGCUCUGAUCGAAACAGUCUACAACAGCAGUGGCACUGCUGUUUGGUCACGUUCAUGCAUUGUUCGUGUUCUCAUCGACAACUGUAUUCCUUUCGUACUCUUCUUCUUUAUACUAUUUUUUUUUUUUUUUUUUUUUUUUUUUUUUUUUUGUCCUCUUUCAAAGCUGUUGCUUCUAUCUUUCUCCUCUGAAAUCUUUUAUUUUGUUCUUUUACUCGAUUAAACUUCUUGUAUUUAGAUUUUGUGUAACCAAAGGUUCUAUUUCAGGAGUACUGGCAUGCUUUGUUACGUAAUUUCAUUUUUUAGUGUUGCCUUUAAUGUGACUAAAUUCAUGAUUUCACCCAAAAUUAUUUCAAAUUUUUAAAAAUCGAGCAAGUUUUUCUUUUCUUUUAAAAUAACUUCUUACUCAUUUCAUUUGAAACUCUUGUUGGAAAACUCUGGUGCCAAUUCUUCUGAGAUACUUCCAUGUGUAAGUACUUUUGUCAUUUUUUCAAAUCAUCUUUUUUUUAAUUUUGUUCUCUUUAUCAUACUAAUAGCUUUUGCUGUAUUUAAUUUCGGCAUUUUAACACUAAGGAAAAUUUUUGCAGAAGAGGACUGCAAGCAUCUUUUUGGCGAUUGCUUUUUUCAUCAUUUCUUUCACUACAUCCUAUUUUCUUAUUUUUAUUUUUGACCCAUUAUCUUGAAGUGAGGAAACAUUUGAUCAUUGUUUCUUUGAUUACAUUUGUGAAAUUUAAAAGAUUAAAAGGAUGGAACUUUCAAGCGAGCAAAGUAGGUCUAAUGAUCAAUUUUAUGCUCAUCAUUAUUGUAUCAGGUGUUCGCAUAAAUUGAAGCAUCUGUGAUUUAUCAAAGCAGUACAUCUUCUCUCUGUAGUAGAAGUUAGAAAGAUAUCAUGUCUCAUUGGAAGAUGGAGUGGUUUAAAUUAGAGCUUUAAGUUUGCAUCUUUUUUUUUAAUUUUUUUUUUUGAUUGUCCAAUAAUUCAAGUCUUUUUAAUGAAAAAUGUCUCUUAGUGCUCUUCAGUGAGCUUUACUCGGAAGAUAUCAGAAUGAUUUUCAGCAAAAAUAUAAUUAUGGCCCCUGCUCAAUUAAGUUUUGAUGCAAUAGGGAAAAUUUUAAGCUUCUAUCUUACGGAUUUUCUUGCCUCAGAGCGAAAUACAUCAUUACAAUCUCAAUAGAUAGCUCCAAACCAGCGCUGAAUAUGCUCAAGCUUGCAAAUUGUGCCAGCAGGAAGUGGAAUAAGUGAAAAAGUUUAAUAAUCAAAAUAUUAAAACCUUUUAGGGUAUUAACUACGGUAACUAGUUCAGACCUUCUUCAGUGGCCCAUUGCGCUAAAGGCAGAAAUAGUAAUGAUUAAGUUACCCGUUUUGAAACUUGACCCAAGAAAUUGUUUAUUUCACUGACACCAUGAAGUUAUUGACCACUUUCAAUGUUUUUCUGAUAGUAUGUCCAUGGAAUUACAUGAUAUUUAGAACUAGAAUAAAGUGCUGAAUUUCAAUUCUUUUCACUGAAAAGCAAGGAGCAAAAGGUUGUCUCAAAAAGAAUACGCAAUUCCACUCGCAUCUCUUAUCCUCCAGUUAUCUAAAACUGAGUUUUGACUCAGAAAUAAUUUUUUUUUUUCUCUCAUGUAUGUGGUCAAUUGAAUGUGAGCCUUCAACUUUCUGCAUGUUUGCACCAUAGUAAGCCGAGCCGUCAUAUCAUAAGACCCUUAGUAGAAAUUGUUACGCGGCAAGCCAGAGAACCUAUUCAGUACGGAUGAUGUAUGGAGACAGAUAAGUCUUGUCCUUGUCUAUUUUUGAGUCCUACAAAUCAUUAGAUACAGCAAGCUCUUGAAGUCUCAUUUAAGCUGUCGAGGGCUUUUUUUUAGCAUUUUCCACAAUGUGUCGCUGACCGCAGUUGAUGCUGUAUUUUUUUUUAAUUGGGUGCAGCGCAGAGCGAUUUAAGGUGGGGCUCCCAAUCCUGUGGCAAGCAGCUUUUACACAUGCAUUUUAAAGAAAAUGGGUGUCAUGGUUACUGCAUUCCACACCAUAAGGUUAUCUUUCCAUUGCAUUAACAGAUCCUCUGAGAUAUAUGUAUUUUAAAGUAUACUGAAAAUGGGUCAAUGAAAGCUAACUCUGUACUACGAUGUUGAAAACAUUUGAAGUGCUUUCUUUUAUUAAAAUUACCAAUUAAGUUAAAGGUUGAAUUUAAAAGAUUCAAAGCUCCUGUAGAGAAUUCUAAUUCAAUAAUUUUCUCUUGGAGGACGAAAAGAAAGUGUUACUAAAUAAAAGAAACUCUGUUUACAAUGAACAAGUGCGUUUGAGUUCUCUUGAGUUUGAGAAACUGACUCAUUGCAGUGUUUUAAUUUUUGUUUUUUACGCAAAUAUUCAUUUUCUGUCAAACUCGAGGGUGUAUUAAUCUAAAGCCAGGCAUUUUUAAUAUUAGUAUUCUGUCCGGAGUAUAUCAUAGAGGUAGAUGAACCAUGACUUUUCUCACUCAAUUAUCUUGAUUGAUUAGGAGAAUCGGUCAUUUUUAAAUGAUGUCAGCUUACAUCUUUCCAAUGAUAAGUUGAACUAAAUCCUCAUUCAUCAGCAAAACUCUUUUGUUUAAGCGUAGCGAACAAUAUCAUAGAAGUUAUGGAAAGCUGUGUGCUGUCACUUUUGUUUUGUGCUGCAGCCUACGUUUAACACUAGUUUCCGCAAGAACUCAGUUUGUGUCAGUCAUUUUUGCUGGUUUUUAGGGAGUCAGUUUAAUAAGAUAGUCCAAGUAUGAGAAUAUAAAUAAUUUUUCAAGGACAAAAUUUUCCACCAAAAUGAAAAUAGCCGAAUGCCAUGUAAAGUAAAGAAAGUAACAAAAAUUGAAACACCAUUAAAAUUCAGACAAACAGCUCCUUUUGUUCUGGGUGCUUUGAAUCGUCUACAUCAUGACCAUUACUAAAUUUUUAUUUAGCAUCGUUCGAAAAUGUCCUGAUAAUCGUUUUUCUCAUUGAUCAUUCAUCAGAAUGAUAUCACACAGGUAGAUGAACUGUACUUUUGCCUUUCUCUAAGGCCGAGGUUUAAGUUCUUAACAAUACAGAUUAAUGCAGGAAAUGAAAGUCUUGAAAUGAAUGUUAAAAAUUACUCCGAAUUAGAUGAACAAAAGGAAAUAAUUUGAAGAACAUCUGUGGCUUGUGUGUAACUUCUUUUAAGUGUACUUCAUUUUUUGUUGAUUAUUUUGGGUAAUGAGUCACCCUAAAAUUCUAAGUGCUACUGUGUCUGUCAUCAAUGUUGAUUUAUCUUGUUUUUUUUUUUCUUUCUUUCUUAUUCUUUUUUUUGUAAGGGAAGCUGUUUAAUUUCUAAUCUGGCCCGUUAAUUUUUAUCCCUGUUUAUGUAUUUUCUGUUAAAAGUACGCAGGUGUUUCAUGCGUUUUAUUUUUAUAAGAAAAAUGACUUAGUAAACUCGUUUCAAAUCCUA